UAGGAGGAGCCGCAAAGGCUGCUGGGAGUCCGCUGUCAUGGCGUCGCAUGUCAACACGGAGUAGGGCUGUUGACACAUGUGUUUCACUUUCAUUGUCAGCCGUUAAGCUUCCUAGGAAAAGAUGUCCGGCGCAAACAAAGCAAUCGAGUUACAACUUCAAAUGCGCCAGAAUGCGGACGAGCUGCAAACUUUCAUGAGAGAGAUGAACGGCUGGGAGACAGACAUGAAGAGGAAAGACGACGAGCUCAGAACGGGACACACCGAGGAGAACCAGAAUAAUCUACCCCCUGUGCGUAACAAAGAUUUCAAAAAGAAGAGGAGAAAGACCAAACCGUCCGAGGAGAACAGUCAGCCGAAGACGGACGAACCCAAAGAAACGCCGAGAAUUAACGCCUUCGACUAUAAAGCAUGGGACAAAUUUGACGUGGACAAGGCUCUGUCCGCCGUCGAUAAGGAAGAGAGUCCAGCGGGCGGCUCGGACUCGGACUCUGAGGACGCCACAGCAGCAGUGGACCGCAGCCUUGCGCUUUCUGAGAAAGAGAAGGGCAACGCGCUGUUCAGAGAGGGGAAGUACGACGACGCCGUUGAGUGUUACACCCGAGGGAUGAGCGCUGACCCCUACAGCCCCGUCCUCCCCACGAACCGGGCCUCCUGCUUCCACCGACUCAAAAAGUUUUCAGUGGCCGAGUCCGACUGCAACCUGGCGAUCGCGUUGGACAGCAACUACUUCAAAGCCUUCGCCCGCAGAGGGGCGGCCCGGUUCGCCCUGGAGAAGUACGACUCGGCCUUGGAAGAUUACGAAACUGUUCUGAAGCUCGAUCCCAGGAACGCCGACGCGAAGACGGAAGUGAACAAAAUAAAGAAGGUCAUAGCGGACCGCGGCACGGACGUCUCGAGCCAGGCCGCCCCCCCAGAGGAGGCCCCCGCCGUGAUGGACCCCCAGCAGCAGAAACGUCUGGAGGAACAGCAGAAGAGACAAGAGGCGGUGAUGCAGAAAGACAGAGGCAACGCGUACUUCAAAGAGGGGAAGUACGAGGCGGCGCUGGACUGCUACACCGGAGGCAUGGAGGCCGACCCAACCAACGCCCUCCUGCCCGCCAACAGAGCCAUGGCCUACCUCAAGCUGGAGAGGUACCAGCAGGCCGAGGAUGACUGCGGCACGGCCCUCUCCCUGGACAGCACCUACUCCAAGGCCUUGGCCCGCAGAGGCACGGCCCGUCUGGCUCUGGGGAAGCUCCGUGAGGCCCAGCAAGACUUCCAGGAGCUGCUGAAACUCGAACCCGGGAACAAGCAAGCGCUGAACGAGCUCCAGAAAAUAAAAAUCGAGACCAGAGCGUCCGGCCUCCUGGGAACGGAGGACGACGCUCCCAGACGCACGGUCCAGCCCCUGGAGAAACCGGCACACCUCCGCUCCGCCAAGCCCCUGAGGAGGGUUGACAUCGAGGAGGUGGGGGGGGACGUUCCGGUCCCGGACCAGGUCUGGCCGGGGGUCCCGUCAGGGUCGGUGCCCCAGGACCCCUCCUGGUCCCCGGGCCAGAGCCAGAGCCAGAGCCAGAGCCAGAGCCAGGGCCAGUCAAAGGAGGCCGGAGACCAGGCCUCUCCACUCUCCACCUCCCCCAGCGCCAAGGUCCUUAAGAUCGAGGAGAUAUCGGACGUCCCGACGCAGACGGCAGCACGGAGUGCUCCGGGGGGUGACGUCAUGAGACCGGACCCUGCCGCUCGUCUCCCAGCAGCCCCCACCCCCACCACCACCAGCACCACCGCCACCACCCCCACCCCCACCCCCAGCUCCGUCAGGUCGUCCAUUGACCCGACGGAGCUGUUACCCGCGCCGGCCACCAACAGCUACCAGUUUGAGGCAGACCUCCGGACCAUCGGCCCUCAUCAGCCCCAACAGAUCUACAGAUACCUCAGGCAAAUGGAGCCGGCAGCAUACGCCAAGAUCUUCCAGAACUCUCUGGAAUCUGACCUCCUCAACCAGAUCCUGAAGACCCUACUGGAGUUCUACACAGAGAAUGAAACACCAGCACUCAUACUGGGAAUCCUCACAAAUCUGGCCAGUGUGCGGAGAUUCGACAUGGCCAUUAUGUUCAUGUCUUCGGCAGAGAAGAAAGUUCUCCGGGAACUGUUUGAUUUCCUCCAACAAGCUCCCUUGGAAAAGGGCGCUUUGAAAACCCUGCGAAAGAAAUAUGACAUCUGACCCUAUGACAACGGGUAUCAAGCGGAAUUGACCUGUGGUCACCACAAGCUUUAACAACAACUUUGCCAACAGUGCAACUUGCUUUUCUGUAUUCUACUGUAGUGUUGUUCACACAUAGGUUUGUUAUGCAAGAGCUGGACUUUCCCGUUGGCAAGAUUGAACGUAUUGAUGAGUAUUUCAACUGUCAGUGGGUCGCUGUCUUUGGUACUUUCUCCUUUAUGUCGGGCCCACUUGAAAAGUUUAUUUUGAUGUUUUUGUCCUUUUGCGUGAGAACAGCUUGUAAACUCGACUGGACAAUAGUAAAGGUUUCAAAUAAAACACUUAACUGGA